UCUUGACGGAUGCCACUAUUCAGUCUGUGGCGAGUCGUUUAGCCACUUCCUCCGAGGGCCUAGAGAUUGUUUUUGUUCCAGUGGGGAACAGGUUCCGAAUAUAGUGUGUGAUACAUUUGUCGAAGUUCAGUGAGGAAUCAAGUUGUGGAAGAGUUCGUUUGAAGUUUCAAGGAGUAUCAGCAAAGGAUUACCAGAACAAGUCAGAAUGCAACAAGUGCUCCAGUUCAGAACUCUCGCUUGCGUCUCGCUGAUGCUAGUCGUGCUAUCGGCGGUUAAAUUUUGCCGGGCUGAUGCAUCCGACAUCGACAGCAGCAUCGCCGAUGGAGGACGACACAAGCGGGGACCAACGGUUGGGCUGUUUGCAUUUCCGCGGGUCGGGCGAUCGGAUCCGGAUCUGCUGGAGUGGAGUGAUGCGGCCGCCGUGGCUGCCGCGUUGCCACUGGAAUUAGCCGAUGAUUAUGAGGACUACCCCAUCCGGGAGGCGAAGCGCCAAGGUUUGGUCCCCUUCCCGAGAGUGGGCCGCUCCGGUUCCGGCGUUUCGAACGCGGCCCGCUUCUACUGGCCCAAGACGAUGAUGCAGCUGCAGAAACGUGCCGGCAAUUCCGGUGCCAACAGUGGCAUGUGGUUCGGGCCCAGGUUAGGUAAACGUGCCAGCGCGGCAUCCACCGAGAUCAAAGGAACCGAAGUCUACACACCCCGUCUGGGUCGUAACUUGGAUGCCGGAGACUUGAACGCCCAAAGCAGCAGCAGCACCAACAGCAAACCAGAGGAUUUUGAACGCCUGUUCCAAACGUCGGAUAAUUAAUUUUAAAUUUUCAUAACUUUGAUCUUCGCAUUUCGCUCUGUAAUGCUAGUUUUCCAUUUGACCUUAGGUCCAAUUGUCUGAUUAAGAUCCAUUACAUGAAAAUCAAACAAAAAACACGGAAAAAGGCUGGAGUAGGUUUGUUGGAUUGAAAUUGCGUGAGCAAUUUCUAGACAACAAGCUUGCUAAUUUAUAAAGCAUUAUUGGAUCUUUUUCAUCAAUUAUUCAAAAUUCAACAAUGCAAUAACAUAAGCACAUCUAACCUAUUAUUAUUGUUCUUAGAAACCAAAAUGAGCAUCAUAUUUAUGGAGUUUCUCUCCCCAAAAAAUGCACAACACAAACUUGAAGAAAAAAAAAACAAAAAAAUAAAUCGUAGCAAAUCCUAAAGCAUUGUGUUGUGUUGCUCCUGUUAUGAUCUACAAAUGGUUAGAAAGGUGAUCCCAAUAAAAACGUUGUAUCUAAGAUAAAUGAAAAUAUAUUCGCAUUUGUAAUUUAAAAA